AUGAGCUCAAAGAUCAUUGAGAUACCAGCCCUAGGAAGGCCUCUGCAUCCUGGCACUUUGUAUGACUGCCGCAGUGACAACUUCAUUCCAGGUAUUACUUUAUGGGAUAAAGAAACACUACGUAAUAAGGUGUCUUCACGACGACAGCCGAAGACUGAGCUGAAUUUUUCUGCUUCUGACACUCUCAAUGAUAAAAGCAAACUCCUAAAUGUGAAUGCCUCGCUUAAAGCUAGCAUUCUGGGUGGUUUGGUGGAUGUUGCUGGCUCUGCUCGGUACAUAUGUGAUAACAAAUCCUCAUCCAAUCAAAGCCGAAUUUCUUUGCAGUACAGCCAUACAACAAAAUUUGAACAACUGACUAUGAGCCAGCUGCGCAACACCAUCUACCCAAAAGUGUUUGAGGAUGGAACUGCCACCCAUGUUGUUGCAUCUGUACUGUAUGGAGGUCAGGCUUUCAUGUUGUUUGAGAUAGCAGCUGAUGAGAAUGAGGACAAAGAAGAAAUCGAGGGAAACCUAAAUGUAAUGGUCAGAAAGAUUCCUUCACUCUCUGUGGAGGGAGGUGGUGCUCUAAAAAUGAAUGAUAAUGAAAAAAAACUAUCUAAUAGUAUCAAAUGUACAUUUUAUGGUGACUUUGAGCUUGAGCUAAACCCCACGACAUACCUGGAGGCCCUGCAUGUCUACAAGACACUUCCGUCUCUGCUGAGGGAGAGGGAGAAUGAUGCUGUGCCAGUGAAGGUUUGGCUUUAUCCUCUUUCAUUGUUGAAUGAAAAAGCAGCUAUAGUGCAAAGGGAGAUUCAAAAAACACUGAUCACAAAAGCAUCAGCUGUUCUAGAGGAGCUGGGAAAUGCAGAGAUUCUUUGCAAUGACCUGUUAACGAGUACAAAAGUAAAUGAUUUCCCGGAUGUCAAACUAAGGAUGAAGACAUUUCAGAACCUGCUUGCAGACUACAAGAUGAUGUUUCUAAAAGCAAUGCGUAAGCUCAUUCCAGCGAUUCGGGGUGGAACGAAGGAGGAACAGGCACUGGCAGACAUUGUAAAAAUCCAUCACAAGUCCCCCUUCAGAGCUGAGAAGCUGAAUGACUGGUUAGAGUAUAAUCAGAGUGAACAAAAUCUGCUUGCUCUCUAUACUCAGCAAGUGAGUGGGGUCCCAGUUGUCAAAUCCUCAGUCCUGUACAGCACCAUUAUCAUUGAUCCCAGUAUAGAUAUUGUGGUGUGCUUUUGCUUCAACUCUCUUACAAAUGAAGAUCCAUAUUUGUCGAUGCUGACUAAAUUUCUUAAAGUAGACGAAUUUGAAAACUUGUCCACAAUUCCUGAGUCAGCAGACUCAGAAGUUUUCCAGGGUUGGUUCCAAAAUCGUGACGUAAUGGAGAAGACGAAAGAUAACCAUUCCCUUUUCAGAAGUUUUUUCCAGGCAAAUAAAGAUGAGGUACAAACCAAGUUUGUCAUUGUCUCAAUAUCAGACCUCUCCAAUCUUGGAACCUGCAUCCACCUUUACAGAAAGGGAAAACUGGUGGACAGAAUGUUUCAGCCUGUGUCUAAACCACCAGCACCUACAUUUGAAAUAGAGAACAAUGAUUUGAUUCUGAAGCUCCAGAAGUCCCCAACUGGAUCAACAAUAAGGUUUAGAGUGGAAUAUAGGAUAAUGCAAGCCACUGAAUCAAAGGAUGAUGAUUUAAAAUGGGAAACCAUAGAGACUCCAGAUGCUCAGGAAACCUUCAAAGUGCCAAACUUUGAUCAUGCAAGUUCAUUCUGUUUCCGGUACAGAGCAAUCAGUGAAGUGGGAGUGAGUGAAGUCAGCAACCCUACCCUUUACUCCCCCAAAGGAAUAUUCAAAUUUUCUUUGGGCCAGACAUGGACACUUCCCUUUGUGGGUGCAGUCAACAUGAGUGUAGGAAUGGCUUUCUACCUCCAAGGGGUUGUGUCUGAGAAGCUAGGCAGCAUUAUCUGUGAGCUUAAGACUGGACCGGGAAAAUAUGAUGAUACUGCUUUUCAGUUGUUGCUUAGGCCCAAUGAGUAUUUUGAUUUUUCAUCAGUUGUCUUUAAUAUAGUUCUAAGGACUGGGGAAGAGACAACUGAUGACGCUCCUUUCCUCCUCAAGACCACUUUAAAAGUAGUGGGCUUUAACAGCUUCAGCAAAGGGAAAUGGCAAAAACCACAAAUCGAAGACAUGGUAAUUAUAAAUGGAUUGGGAUUUAGUAGGUUUAAAGAAAGGAUCCCAACAAGCCAAGCGACCCUUAUUCAGAUCUCUGGAGAUGUUUUCAUGAAUACAUGUGGGAUUAUUCAGGUAUGA